AUGGGGAGACUGAAGCCCUGGGCCCGCUACCUGCUCCUGAUUGUAGCCCACCUGCUGGCCAUGGGCCUCGGGGCUGUGGUGCUUCAGGCCCUGGAGGGUCCUCCAGCGCUGCAACUCCAGGCCCAGCUCCAAGCUGAGCUGUCUACCUUCCAGGCAGAGCACAGGGCCUGCUUGCCACCUGAGGCGCUGGAGGAGCUGCUAGGUGCGGUCCUGAGAGCACAGGCCCAUGGAGUUUCCAGCCUGGGAAACAGCUCAGAGGAAAGCAACUGGGACCUGCCCUCAGCUCUGCUGUUCACCGCCAGCAUCCUCACCACCACCGGUUAUGGCCAUAUGGCCCCACUGUCUGCGGGCGGAAAGGCCUUCUGUGUGGUUUAUGCAGCCCUCGGGCUGCCAGCCUCCCUAGCUCUUGUGGCUGCCCUGCGCCACUGCCUAUUGCCUGUGUUCAAUUCUCCGGCUGCCUGGGUAGCUGUUCGGUGGCAGCUGGCAGCAGCCCAGGCUGCCCUGCUCCAAGCAGCAGGACUGGGGCUCCUGGUGGCCUGUGUCUUUGUACUGUUGCCAGCCCUGGUGCUGUGGGCUAUGCAGGGUGACUGCAGCCUGCUGGAGGCCAUUUACUUCUGCUUCGGCUCCCUCAGCACUAUCGGCCUAGGGGACUUGCUGCCAGGCCGUGGGCGUGGCCUGCAUCCAGCCAUUUACUACCUUGGACAGUUCGCACUUCUUGGUUACUUGCUCCUGGGGCUCCUGGCCAUGCUGUUAGCGGUAGAGACCUUCUCAGAGCUGCCACAGGUUCGUGCCAUGGUGAAAUUCUUUGGCCCUAGUGGCUCUAGAACAGAUGAAGACCAAGAUGGCAUCCUAGGUCAAGAUGAGCUGGCUCUGAGCACCAUGCCUCCUGACCCCCCGGCACUGGAACAAACCAUUCCAGCACCAACACCAGAACAGACCCCGGCCUGCUGAUACAAAUCAGGUGGCGGAUCUUCAGCUCACAUAUCUCAUGUACGCUGGAUGCCUUUGAACAAGAGGCCCUGAGGAGAGCUUGGGGAGCAGAGCAGGAAGUGGUUGUGGGUACAGGAUGUCCGGGGAUAAUGGUAAUUUAAAACAUUAAACGGGAUGCUUAGUUAGCACGCACCAAGAGGCUCUGGGCUCAGUCUGUGUGGGAACACAGUUGGAAGUGUGAGUACAUGUACAUCAACCAAAAAAAAAAAAAUCUAGUGUGGGUGUGUGCACUCACACGGGGAGGCACAGGGCAUGUUUGGAGGUCAAAGGACCACUUUGUGGAUUUUGUUCACGCCUAUCCACCUUCAGGUGGUUCCAGGGAUUGAACUCAGAUCCUCAAGCUUGCCCAACAAACGCUUUUAUCCACUGGGCUAUCUGAAUGACCCAUUUCA